AUGAUUAUAUCUGGUCCUAGUUCUUCUGGUAAAAGCACAUUAUUAAUCAAGUUAAUUUCUCAGGCCUUUGAUUUAAUAGACCCUAAACCUGUCAGUAUUCUCUAUUGCUUCGGGGAAAUGAGUUCAAUUGUUCCGAUGCUUCAACGAUCAGGUGUUAAUGUAUAUGGCGGAGUUCCAACAGAGGAAAUUAUAAAGCGACAACCAAAGCCAUUAUUAUUGAUUUUAGAUGAUCUAUUACUUUCAAUUGAUGAGAAAUACCUCUCCGAGUUAUUCACUAAAAAAUCACAUCAUCAAAAUUUUGCUAUCAUUUUUGUCACACAAAAUUUGUUUGAAAAGAAGAUUAAAGUUGCCAGACAAAAUGCACAAUAUCUUAUGCUUAUGAGAUCACCAAAUUCAGCUUUAAGUGUCAGAAACAUAGGAACGCAACUCUUCCCACGAAAAUUGGAUUUUUUCUUGGACGCAUAUAAACAGGCAACCAAUGAGCCUUAUGGAUAUUUACUAAUCGAUAUGCAUGCCUCCUCAGAUCCAAUAUUAAGAUUGAGGUCAAACAUAUUUACAGAAGACAAUGAAAAACUAAUUUUCAUUCCAAAAAAUGGAACACAAUAA